AUGGCGACGAAAUCUCUCCCAAAAACCUGUCGUGCCUUAGUCCUCAACGCAAUCGGAGAACGCCUUCACCUCGAAACCCGACCUACCCCGCAACCAACCUCGGGAAGCGCCGUCAUCAAGAUCCUGGCAGCCGCAGUGCUUUCCUACUCCCGAGACAUCUACAACGGUACCCGCAACUAUGAACUUGCAACUCCAUCGGUACCAGGCAGUGGUGCCAUUGGGCGUGUCGCAGCCAUAGGCCCUGAUGCUGCUAAGCUUCAAGUAGGCGACCUUGUUUUCAUUGAUAUCUAUAUUCGCGGACGCGACGACUACAGUGUUGGUGCCCUGUCUGGUAUUAACGAUGGCCACUCGGAGGCUAGUAAGCGCAUGAUGCGCGGGGAAUGGCGUGACUCGACAUAUGCCGAGUAUGCGAGACUGCCGCUAGAGAAUUGUUUCUCGCUGAACGAGAAGCGGCUACUUGGAUCACCGGCAGAAGGCGGACUCGGAUACACGAUUGAUGAACUACUAUAUAUUGCUGUUCAGCUCGUUCCCUUCGGUGGCCUCCGCAGUAUUGGCCUGGCUGUCUGCGACAAAAUCAUAAUAAGUCCUGCAACAGGAGCAUUUGGUAGUGCUGCUGUACAGGUGGCUCUAGCUAUGGGGGCUAGCGUUAUCGCAAUGGGCAGAAAUAACGAGACACUGGAGAAUCUUAAGUCAAAGUUUCUGCCCGAUGCUAGCGAUGAUCGUAUUCAGCUAAUCCAAAUCACGAACGACCUUCAGCAGGAGUUUGCAGCCGGUUCAUCACAUAUCAAAAGUGCGAUUAUGUCUCUCAGACACUCCGGUCGCAUUUGUCUAAUGGGUGGUGCUAUGGGAGAUAUGGCGAUUCCCGCCUCUCCCGUCGUCCGCCGAAAUCUCACUAUCAAGGGAAAGUGGAUGUAUGAGCGAGAUGAUAUCCUCAAGUUGAUCCAAAUGGUUGAGUCAGGGGCUCUGAAACUAGGAAGGGAAGCUGGCUGUCGGAUAGUUGGGAGAUUUCCCAUGGAAAAAUGGAAGGAAGCAUUUGAUGCUGCGGCAGAACAUGCUGGUCCAGGAGAGAGAGUUUCGAUUAUCCCUUAG